CUUCCUCUGUCUCCCUUCGGGCCUUCCCCGCACACCAAAAGCAGCAAGCAAGCGCACCGCAAAGCCAAGCUCUGCUCAGCGCCUCAGCUUUGCUCGAAACUCGCUCCCACCCACCCCCACCCACAAUGGCGGCUUCAGUAGGUUGUUCCUUCUUCUUCGACACCGAGCCGCUCGGCGAGCUCGGCAUGCCGGCGCUAGACGCGUGCGCGCUCUGCGCCAAGCCGCUGGCGCGCGACAGUGACAUCUUCAUGUACAAAGGGGACACGCCCUUCUGCAGCGAGGAGUGCCGUGACAAGCAGAUGCAGCUCGACGCUAUCUGCUCCAGGCAGGCCGCCCGGAGGCAGCAGCGGUUCUCGUCGGGAACAGAGGCCCGGCGCUGGCAUCAAGAGUGUCGGAAGGUGUCUGUCGAGAGCUAGCCGGCAAAGCUCGUAACCCAGUAGACUAGAGUUUGUCUUGAAUCAACGGGAUCCGAAGAAUCACCGAUCUGGCGAUACGAAGGAGCUUGGUCUCUCCGGUUGUCUCUCGCCUGAGACGGAGAAGCAGUGAAGUAGUACGUAGUACCUGUCAAAGUCCAUGUGCUGAGGCUCCGGCCAUCUUGGUCGCCCACUGGACGCAUCCUUCUCCUGGCUCCUUUUCGCCUGUGUGUGUGUUUGUUUGAGGCUUGUGAUGUGAUAUGUAAAUCCAAACCAUUUGGAAAUCCUCGUUUCAACACAAAC